UCGGCCGGUUGACGAGAUAAAGUAGAGUCCGAGUAGUAAUCGCAAACGCCGCGAUCGGUGUGUCUCUGGGUAUCACAAUCUCCCACUCCCCCGUGGGAGUUUAGCCUAGGAUUAGCGAAUCGAUCGAUUAAUAAUGCGCAUGCUGCAACCUAAACAGCCAGGAGCAAACGUAUAGUAGUAUUAUAGUGUUUCGUGUGGUUUUGUUUUUUUUUUGUCUAGUUAUCUUUCUUGUCUAAUGUUGUCUGGUGUGGAUAUACGUGGGGGUGCAAGGUGUUUGAUUAGAGAAGCGGAGAGAAGUUGACAGUUCUCUCCAGGACUCGUCCAAUGUGGCUAUGGUACUAAGAGACUAGGCGUAAUCAAAAGUGUUCGAAGCAAAACCAAAAAAAAAGUUUACGACUCACUAGAUAGAGUAGAGAUUGGAAUUUUGGGAGGGAGUCAGAAAAGUUUCGGAAGGAUCGUUAUCAUCCAGCAGCUUGGCCGGGACGAACGGCCGCAAGACGCCAUGAGCGGCUGUCAUCGAUCCGGUUUGCGGCUCGAAUCUACGUUCUGAGUGUCGCAGCCAGCUGCUACUACCAGCUGUUUGUACGCUCCAGGGACAACUACACCGCACGGGACCGCCGCUCUGGUUGGCCGCCAGCACUCACGGGCGGCCCUCAACCGACGCAGGCUCGCAGGGAUAUCUAGCCCGUCUCAACUAUCAAAACAGUUUGCCUCACAAGAUUUGGGGCGCUGAGAUUCGGGUACGCAGCGCAGCAGUUGAAGCGAACGGACGUCCUCCUCCAAUCAAAAAAACCGAUCCUGAAGGAAUAGCACGAUCAACAAGGAUGUCUCGUAGCCGGGCUCAACUUCUUCUUCUGCUGGUCUGCUCACUGUAUCUGAUCGUCCACCUUCACGCUGCCAAUGGCUCAGUUCUGGCAGGUGGAGUUGAUCGUAAUAGUGGCAAUAGACAACAUCGCGCUAUGCGGCGAUUAGACGGUGGCCUAGAACAGGUAGAGGACCGCACCAACGCAAUAGAUCAGCCUCUGGAUCAAGCGCUGCAGCUGAAAUACUACGAUGUGGUUGCAGUUGACUUGGUCCACAGCCUUCCAUCGCAGUCGGAUUCUGACUCGAUUUCGCUGGUAGCUGCUGGAGCAGGUGAAGGUCCUUCUAAUGAUCAGGCUGCCGAAUCACAGCCAACACCGUCGGCAACUCCAUCCUCUACCAAGAGUGAGUCGGCCAAAACGCUCGCAGACCAGGUAGCGGAGGGCAAGUACGGUCUAAUUCAUCGCGAGCUGUUCCAGCGUCGACCGCAGCGACUCGGCGUCCUGAACUAUCGCCGUAACGAGGAGGUCCCGCUAGAUGAUGAGCGCAACUACGGUGGAUUACGGCCGGACGAGAUCUGGCUGGCCGAAGAUCAUCUGCUCGUGCUGAAGGGUGGUUCGAUCAGCUUCGGCAGUAAUCGGUCGGGGGCGGGCGAUGGUGCCAGUGACUGGCAACCGAUCGAUGAUUACCGUGCCCCGGAUCGGCAGGUCCAGAUCCCGGCGAAUCCGGCCGUUCCGCCACCCUUUCCCGUGCAGCUCCGCGAGAACGGACCAAUUGAGUUUAUCCGUGGUCGUCAGGUGCCGGCAUUUAAUCCGUUUACUAACGAGUCGGCGUUCCUCUUCACCAACAAAGCGUUCCCGAUCAUUCGGCCGGAAGAUUUCGGUGGGCAAAAUAUACUUGCCGGGCCAGCGGCGAACAAUGCUACUGGCCAGCACCACACCGGACUCCAGUAUCCGCCCCCGGUCAACCCGCCGCCCGUUAGUGACAAUCGGACGUACUCGAAUCCGUUCCUGAAGCUACCGCCACCGGGACCACCGUUCGGGCCGCCGCUAGGCGUUGGUGGAUCGCUAGAUGACGUGCGCAACCGAACCGGUCCAUUCCCGAUCCCGCCGGGCGAUGAGGAUGAUCCGUCACUGUACUAUCCACCACCGUACACGUUCGAGUACCGUGGCAACUACACGAACCCAGUACCACCUGGUCCACUAGUGCCUGGAAUUAUCUUGCCGCCGCCGCCGAAUUUCUUCAUUCUCAAACCGAUCAGCACAACGAACGUGACGGGACACGUGGCCGAAGGUCGUCCGAAGGUGACCAAACCACCGAAACACUACGUUAGUGUACGGCCACACCACACGACCACAACCACUGUGCCACCACCGUCAGCAAACAGUGUAACACCGGCGAAGAUUGUACCGUCGCGCGUCGAAAUCCAGAAGGCUGUGCUGAAGACAUUCGUGCCGGUGCUGGAAGUGUACGGUGUACCGCCAAAAACACCAUCCAAACCAGCCUCCAAACGACCCCGUCCGAAACCUACCCUACCACCACCACCGACGGCAAGUACUGUUGCGGCGACCACUCCACUAUUAACACCGUCGACGAAGUUGCACAAAAUCCCACAAGAAACAACGGCUCAACGACAACCUGCACCACAGCCUGCACAUCCUAUCUACGCGGAGUACUUUGAUAUCCGGACUUCGACCGCGAGUCCAAAUGGAUGGAACGAUGUUGGAUCGUCACCGGUGACGCCACAUCUACCACGAACGUAUCUACCAGUGGUAGGCAAGGCACGGCCAGAGUCGGCACGACCUCUGCCAACCCCAACUCCACCCGACUAUCUGUCAGGAACGUACGGCUAUAGCCCUAUCGAGCAGUUCCAUCGUGAAGUUCAAACCAUUCGCCAGACGCUGCAGAUCUACGAGAAGGCGAACAAGCUUACCAAGGCUGGCCGCACGUCCAAAGCGCACCAGACCGGACAGUCGCACCUGGCCAACCUUUCACUGUCGUUCGAUGGCAACGUGUACCGUACACUGUUCCCGGAGGAAGUGGUUGCCCAGCAACCAAUUCAUGUCAGCGGACUACCGUCCUACCAGCAACCAGCCUACAAACCACAGUACGAACCGGCCCCACCAAGCUACGUCUACCGUUCGGCAGCAAACAGUGUUCCGAACCUGCAAACCGGUUACUACGUUACCACGACCGAUUACGGUCGGCACACGACCGGUUACGGUGAUCAUCAACCCCAGUACUACCAACCGUCCGCCCUAUCCCACCACGCUCAACCACCUCCACCACCGGCACAACCGGACCUCUCGUACAUUGCGCCCGUCAUCCUGAACAAUGGUGCGAGUGGAUAUAACCGGCGUCCCGAGUUUGAUCCCAGCGCUCCGGGCACCACUACCAAAUCCUACCUCAUCCUCGACCAUCGGCUGCCGGGCCCUACCCGUUUGCGACCGGACCGUCAAAGGCAACCGUUCGGCGAUAAUACUUACCUGUAUCGGAGCGGAAUCGGCGGACAGCAGCAGCAGCAGCAACAGCAGCAAGGUAUUGAGCAGGGUCCGAUACGGAACCGCUACCUCGAGAGCGACAUUCUCGUCAACUACAAGCAUCCGCUGCCGGUGCUGAACCCGGACAGCGAGUUUCUGCCCUACCACCAUCGGUUGAAGGUGCGCAAGCGGCAGAAUGUACGGGGCGCUGGUGAACAGAAACCACGCUAUCUCGGGCAACCGCUCUACAACCAUCGGUAGAGUCGGGCACCAGGUGUCGUUGGGGGAAAUAUUGAAGUUGUAACGUGCUUUCUCCUCAAGGCCACUGCGCUAGCUAACCGACGUGAAAACGCGUGCCUGGAGUCUUCGGAGGGAGGAGACAAGAGAGAAGAUAGGGAAGAUAGAUCACCGGAUCACUCCUACUGAGACUUCAAGAAAGGAGUUCUAGUGCGUGUUCGCUUUGUGUGUAGUUGCACAGGGACGGAGAAAUUCUUGAAAAAACAGUUGGACGAGAUCGAGGCAAUUAGGGGAAAGGGGUAGGAAGCGGCAGGGGAGGGGGGGGGGGGUAUUAAAAUGCACUAAAGUCGUCUUCCUGGAAACUAGUUACAUGUGCUGCGCAUAAAGGGGCUUCGAGUUUUUGUUUUGAUUUUGUAUAUAGCGGAGAGAGAGAUAUAUAAUAAUGGUAAUCGAAUGUUGUAGAUGGUAUCAGCAAAGGAGGAAAUUGAUAGUUCGAAGGCGUACAACGAAAACCGCGUUGCUGAGGAUCUUAGGGACCGGUCCGUCCCGUGGUGACGCGCUGGUGCGCUAGGAAAUACUCACUUGUAAUUAUUUGUUUGUUUGUAAUUAUUGAGCGCUUAUGAAAUGUUGCGGUGGGCAUCUUUCCUGGGUAAGAUCUAUCCGGGACAUCCUCCGUACGGUUCCGGUGCAAGGUUAAGGUCUUUGCCAUAGACUGUAAACGAAAUGCAAAAAUAAAUGAAUCACACCACAAAUCAAAAGGACAUCUCCAGAUACCACAGUACAGCACGAGCGUGCGUGUGAGAGUAGCUCAGUGCAGCAGAGACUGUCUUCGAGGCCACCUCUGCGAGACAAUAUACAUAUACAAGUGCGGAUGACGGUCCGAUCGUGACAUGCGUGAGAGCUGUAGAGUGUUUAUAUAGGCUACCAUUCCUAUUGCCAUUACGUAGAAGCCGUGUAUCCGUGUACUGUACGUUCUGCUUUAUUGCUUGAAGAAUACAACACUAUGCAUCAUA